AUGCGCAACGUCAUCCCUGCUCUCGCGGCGCUCGGUGCCUUCGCGUGUGCACAGUCGACUUCGAUCGACGUGGAAUCUAUCUCUGUCACGAUUCCCACCAGUGUCUUCGCUCUCCCAGUAGUGUAUGUGACCAAAGAGGGAAGUCCUCCCUUGACAGCCACCACUCUGGCGUCCACUGCGACUGCCGUAUCUGACCCUAUGGCCACUGAUGUUUUUGACUCUGCCGCCGAUGCCUCCGCAGCAAUCCUUUCUGCCACCCCGUCUUCCAUCGGUCUGAUCAAGCGUGACUCGACGACUUGCAUCCCGCAGCCCACUGGAAUUAGCUAUAAUUCUAACCCUGACACUGCUGCCGCAUUUGCAGCUGAUCAUUAUUAUAUGGAUCAAUCUGUUAAAGCCCAGGCUCCCCCUGGCUUUACUGAGACUUUCAAGAACCUUACUGCCUCCAACUCCGCCGAUAACUACAUGGGAUUCACCCUCAUGUCCUCAUACGAUGUCAGCGCCUGCGUUGGUGAUUGUUCAGCAAUCACUGGAUGCAAUAGCGUCAACAUCUGUAAGUCGCUAGUUCGAAUAGAAUGGACGGUAUGGCUAACCACAUCAGACUUCGAACGUGAUCCUAGUGUCAAUCCUGACUCUCCCAACUGUGCCAACCCCAAUUCAACAAUCAAUAUAAAGUGCGUUUACUGGGGAGGUGCUGUCACUGCAGCCAACGCCAACAACUUUGGCCAAUGGCGCGACGAAUUUCAAGUUCUGAUUGCUGGUUCGAAUGGAUACGUCAACUCUACCUACGCAGCUCAGCUAGCCGGCGUUCCAUCCGUUUCUUCGUCAAGCACUGCCGCUUCAAGUACCUCAGCAUCCAGCACCUUCACGACCGUCACUGUGCCCGCCUCAUCGACUUCGACCAUGCUUCCUGCAUCAAGCACUACUUCCUCCCCCAGCUCCUCCUCUACCCUGACUGCUCCUUUCUACAUCUCUAACGGCACUGGUCAGUACAUCGCCGUUAGCAGCGGUCAAAUGGGCAAUACCAGCUUUGUUAGUUCUGUCGCCUUGGCAACCAAAUUCCAGCUCGACAAGAAUACCGGCUACCUGCUCGAAGCAACUGGAAGCAUUGGUUACGCUGCUAGUCUCUGGACAAGCAGCAGUAACGCUCAGAAAUUGUACUUCAAUUCUGUUGAUCAGUCCAACCUCAAGUACCUUACUUGCGUCCAGCAGACAGCGAGUAGCUCGCUGCAAUGUACUGCAGACACCAACAACAAGGUCCAGGUUGCUCAGAUCUGCUCUGCAGACGGCUAUAGUAGUCUGUGGUUCGCUUCAUCUGUUGACAAGAACUGUAAACCUGUCACGCUUACCUACAUUUCUGCUUGA